AUGGGCAGUGUGACUACUCCCGAAGAAAAGUGUGUUUCAGCGGGUUUCCCGAACCAACAGUCGAGUGGAAGCCCAGACGAGAAGCAAACGAUCCCAUUCAAUCAAGCAGGCCACCUCAAAGCGUCGGACGACGGUCGGCUACGGUAUUACUCGAGCUCAUCCUGGGUAGCUGGGGUUGAGGAGUCGAAUACGUCUCCCGGCGAUGAUCACGACACCCCUUUGCUGGCUUCAAAUGGGAGAGAUAUUUUACCCGAGUCAUUACCCCGAACAUCGAAGGACUUCAUCUAUCUUGUGGAUGUGGACCAGCUCAUUGCAUGGAGCAGCGGAGCCAUGGAUGCUCAGAGCCCGGUGCAGUCACACUAA